AUGCCGGGGAAGACUGCACCGCCGCGCCGGAUCACCAAAUUCACAAAUUGCCGGAUUGUGAAAGGUAGCGAGCUAGUCAAGGAAGACCUUUGGAUUGACUCAUUAUCCGGGAAGAUUCUCAAAGAUCAGGAAGCAUUCUACGACUUUCAUCUCUCCCCGGAUGAGGUCAUUGAUCUCGGCGGGCGCAUCGUCGCCCCGGGACUUAUCGAUGUGCAGCUGAACGGUGCACAGGGCUUUGACUUCUCUGUACCCCAAGCUACCACCGAGGAAUAUGACAGGGGUCUGCGCAUGGUCAAUAAGGGCCUUGCCCGGAUGGGUGUUACCUCAUAUCUCCCCACCGUUGUGAGCUCCACGCCAGAGGUUUACUGGAAGGUUCUACCCUCGUUAGGUCCCACAGGAAGCGAUGCCCAGCCUCAAGAUGGCGCCGAGUCACUGGGCGCUCACGUGGAAGGGCCGUUCAUCAGCCCCGGCCGCAACGGUAUACACAAUUCCGAGGUGCUUCGUGCAGCGCAGAGCCUAGAAGACAUAGUGGAAUGUUACGGCUCGAAUAAUUUGACCGGGUCAUCUCAAACGGUCCGAAUGAUCACUGCGGCGCCUGAAGUUGGCAACAUGCUGGACCAAAUCCCAUCUCUUACCUCGAAGAACAUCAUCUAUUCGAUCGGCCACUCAGACGCAACUUACGAGCAAGCCCUCGCCGCUACCCAGAGCGGCGCUACCAUGAUCACCCACCUGUUCAAUGCCAUGCGCCCGUUCUAUCAUCGCAACCCCGGGGUCUUCGGCCUGUUCGGUCAGACCGACCGCCCGCGUCCCUUCUACGGUGUCAUCGCUGACGGCAUCCACUUGCACCCGAAUUCCAUCCGCAUCGCUUACAACGCUCAUCCGACCGGGCUGGUCCUUGUGACGGACGCGAUGAGGCUGUGUGGGCUCCCUGACGGAGUCUAUGACUGGACCAACGGGGACCGCAUCGUGAAGACCGGCGCACGGCUGACCCUGGAGGGUUCAGACAAGAUCGCCGGAAGUUCCGCGACCUUGAUCGAGUGUGUCAACAAUUUCCGUCGGUGGUCAGGAGCCUCGACUGCGGAUGCCUUGAACGCCGCUACCGCCACCCCGGCGCGUCUUCUGGGCUUGGAGGGAGUCAAGGGCUCACUGAGCAAAGGUGCGGAUGCGGAUCUGAUCGUCUUGGAUGAUGAAGAAGAUCCUUUUUCCGGCCCGACCUUGACUAUUCGUCAGGUGUGGAAGCGGGGUGUGAAGGUAUUCGACACUGAACGUGAUGCUGGGGUUCUUCCUUCGAAGGCCUAA